GACGCGAUUUCCCACCUCCCUGCGCCGCUCCUCCACACCAUGCGCGAAUCCUUCAGCGUGCUGGACCGCAACAACACAGGCGUGAUCACCGCCGCCGACGUCUCGGACAUGCUCUCGCAACUCGGUCUCGAGCACCACCCAACCGCACUAUCCGGCUACUUCGCGCCGACGUCCGCAACUACACUAAAUCUGGCGACGUACCUAAACCUGCUGGCGACGCCGAUGCAGGGGGCGUCGGAGGCGAUGGAGCUGAAGGAGGCAUUGGCGGCGUUCGACGAGGAUGAUAGUGGGCAGGUGGACGUGCGGGAGUUGCGGGAGGCGUUGUUGACGACGGCGCCGGAGGAGGGGGAGAGGGCGUUGGGGGAGAGGGAGGUGGAGAAGGUGUUGGGGGAGUUUAGUGGGAGAAGGGCGUUUAGUCGGAAUAAAGGGUUUGGGAAGGUGGGGGUAGCGGGGAAAGGGGAGGUGUUUAAGUAUCAUGAGUUUGUGAAUGCGGUUUGUGGGGGUGGGAGUGGAGGAGUUGAGGAGAAGGUUAGUGGGUGA